AUGCCCGCCGGCCUUCAGCUCUGCCUGGCGCUCCUGCUGCUGGCCCGGGCGCAUGGCUCCCCCGGGGGCGACUUCUCGUGGCUCGGCGGUGCCCGCCGUGCCCGCAGUUAUCACCACCUGGAGGGCGACGUACGCUGGCGGCGCCUCUACUCCUCCACCCAUUUCUUCCUGCACAUCGACCCCAGCGGCAAGGUGGAGGGUACCCGCUGGAAAGAGUGCCCCAACAGCAUCGUUGAGAUCCGUUCAGUCCGCGUGGGGGUCGUGGCCAUUAAAUCGGUACACACGGGCUUCUACUUGGCCAUGAACAGGAAAGGGAAACUGUAUGGGACGAGAGAGUACAACCCCAACUGCAAAUUCAAAGAACGGAUUGAGGAAAACGGCUACAACACCUACGCCUCCCUGCGCUGGCGGCAUGAGGGGAGACAGAUGUUCCUGGCCCUCAAUGGCAAGGGAGCGCCCCGCCAGGGGGGCAAGACCCGCCGCCAGCACCUCUCCACCCACUUCCUGCCCAUCCUGGUCUCCUGAACCCGGUUCCCAAAAGCCCAGGCUGUACUGGGCUUUUAAAGGUUCUCUUUCUCACUCCUUCUCUCACUCAGUCACAUAGACACACCUACACACCCAAUACACAGAGAUAUAUUUUCCUAUUUAUUAUAAUAAUAAUUAUUUUUUAAAAAAAAAGAGACAGGAGAAAGAGCUCCCUUUCUGCCCCAGGCCUUAGAGAGAACUCUUGGAACGAAGACUCGGGGAAGAGGCGGGUCGGGAGGGGAGGCGGUUUAGGGCGAAACGUGCCC